CAGUGAACGCUGGGAUGGCGCUGGACCUGCUGACGGAAUUCGCCCUCUGUCAUGUGUGCUGAUCUCAAUUUUUCAAAGACACCCAAAUCUACGUACUUUUAGUUUGAGUAGGUCCUCAUGGUGGCGCGGUUACUCACAUCAAUCCAGGUGGCAGAGGACAAGUCUCAGUUGCCUCCGCUUCUGAGACAGUCAAUCUGUUCAUCUUAUCACGUGGCUCGUUGUGCAUGACACCGUGGAGACUCACAGCAUGUGGAGGCUCAUGCUACUCUCCGCAAUCCACACACAACUUUCCACAUGCCCCAUUGAGAGCGAGAACCCCUAAUCGCGACCACGAGGAGGUUACCCCAUGUGACUCUACCCUCCCUAGCAACCAGGCCAAUUUGGUUGCUUAGGAGACCUGGCUGGAGUCACUUCUACUUCUACUGGCUGGAGUCACACGCCCUGGAUUCAAACUCGUAACUCCAGGGGUGGUAGUCAGCGUCAACACUCGCUGAGCUACCCAGACCCCCUACAGAAUAAUUUUUGACAAUUGGAGUUUGAAUUAAUAAGCAUUCCUUUUGCCCAUAUGAACAUUCCGUCACUGUAAGUCAAUGGGAUUUUUCCAAUGUUGAUUGUCUGCUGUGCAAAAACCCUAAAUCCGAUCACUUGGAAAAGAACCAGAAUUCCAGAACAGUCUGAAGAAGAAUGUUUAUUUUCAAUGGGUGUGAGCCGGCUUGAUGUUCUUUAUAGAAGGCUUCUCCUCACCAAACUCUUCAUCCAAGGGUGGGGGAAGCCAGAGGACCUGAAAAGAAUAUUCGAGUUUAGGAAAAUCAUAGGCAACAGGGAGAGGUGCAAGAAUCUAGUACCAAGGGACUAUCCAAUAUUUAUUGACAAAGUAGAGGAUCACUCAGAUUGCAAAAUUCACAACGGACAUUUCAUAUCACCUCUGGAGCACUUUGUCCCCGGCAUCUUGCCAAAAGAGUCCAUCAUAGCCCGAUUCCAGUUCAUCGUACCCAAGAAAUGGAAGAGACACAGACCAGUCUGUAUUCAUUUGGCUGGAACUGGAGACCACUUUUUCUGGAGAAGACGAACCCUGAUGGCUAGACCGAUGGUGAAAGAAUCAGGGAUGGCGUCGCUUCUGUUGGAAAAUCCUUAUUACGGAUACAGGAAACCUAAAGACCAACUUCGCUCCAGUCUGAAGAAUGUAUCAGACCUGUUUGUUAUGGGUGGAGCCCUUAUCCUGGAGUCUGCAGCUCUGCUACACUGGCUGGAGCGAGAGGGUUUCUGGCCUCUGGGCAUGACUGGCAUUUCUAUGGGAGGACAUAUGGCAUCAUUAGCUGUAACUAACUGGCCCAAACCGAUUCCACUGAUACCUUGUUUAUCCUGGACUACUGCCUCAAGUGUUUUUACUACAGGUGUUUUAAGUAGAGCUGUGAACUGGAGGGAACUUGAAAAGCAGUAUGCUGCACAUACUGUGUAUGAGGAGGAAAUCAUCAAUAUGCUGGAGUAUUGUGGGACAGAUUCUUUCCGGAUGGGCCAGGAAUUCGUGAAAAACGCCCCAGGCAGCUUCGACAGACUCACAGACCUGGAUCUCACCCAUGACCUCCUUAACCUGCACUCAACAAAGAGGGACCAGAUGGGGCCAGGCUCGUCAGCCUCGUGUUCUCAGCCCGGGGGCGGAGGUCACACCUCAGACUCGGCCCUGCUGAUGGGGCGGAGAGAGAGAGAUGGACUGGAUCAGAUGCUGUCUGCUGUGAGCAGUAGUGGGCCUCAUUUGGACAUGCUACAUGCGAAGAACAUCACCUUUGGGUCAGGCCAGCGACAGUCACUGCAGCAAGAGUCUCUCUGCUUCAUGAAGGGAGUUAUGGACGAAUGCACACACAUAGCCAAUUUUUCAGUGCCUGUAGAUCCCAGUCUGAUCAUAAUAGUCCAGGCAAAAGAAGAUGCAUAUAUUCCUCGAACUGGAGUUCGCAGCUUACAGGAGAUCUGGUCUGGCUGUGAGGUUCGCUACCUCAAUGGAGGCCACGUCAGCGCUUACCUCUUCAAACAAGGACUAUUUCGGCAAGCAAUUUAUGACGCCUAUGACCGGUUUCUUCAGAAGUAUUCCAGCUUUUAGCCAUGGAAUUUUUGGUACUCAGUACGGACAAGAAUCGUGGCAUUUAGAAAGUAUGAUGUGGAGGAGAACACUGAAUGUGAUGGCCCUGAUGUCACAAAGAACCUUGUAACCGAAACCAACAGCCUGGUGCUACCCAAGGAGAGACCGUAUGCAGUAUUUGAACAAUAAUCUGAGCUGUACAGCAAAACUUACAUUGACUAUAGUCAACUUACCCUUGUGUGCAACCCAUACAAAACCCUGUUUUCCUAACCAUGCUGCCUUUUAUCACAUAUCAUGUCUGAAACAUACUUAACAAGGAAGAGACAAAGAUGUGCCUCCAAACCCAUAAUUCACUCACUCAUCAAGGUGUCUUUAAACCUCUUAAAGGAGCAGGUCUUGGAGAAAUAUGUUUUGAAUUGUAGGGUAAAUGACUGAAGUGUGCCAUCAGAAUCUCUCCUUAACAUGUUAUGGAUUACUUUAAACUUUAGGUUCAAAUCAAGUACAUAAAAAUGAUUAAAAGAUUAUUGUAUUUCCCCAACAACUCUCAGACAAUCACAAUAGAGUAGUAUUUUUUUUUUAGAGUGUUAUGUUUUUUUUUGUUUUGUUUUUUUUAAGGAAAUUAAGAAAGUAAUUUGCCCUGUUUAGCUACAUUAUUAUUGUCUUCAACUUUUAAAAUGUGUCUCUGAAAAAAAAAAAGUGCAAGAAAGUAUUUAAAACAAAAAGAGCCCAAAUAGCUCUUUUAGAGAUAAUGACAGCAAAUUAAAAUCCUUCCAAAAUGUAGACAUAUCUUUGUGAGUGUUAGUGAAUAUAAUAUUUACAGUCACACUUUGACUCUUUGAGACUGAUGUGUUAGUUAGGUGAUGAUGGCAAGAAACAGACACGAACACAAUUUAAAAUAUAUACUUUCUGUGAACUGCAUUUUGAACUUUGCUUCAUAUAUUUCAAUCGUUUAAUUACUAAUCACUGCCAAAUUCUACAGUAAUAUACAGUGUACAAUAAUAGUGUUUAUUAUUGCAUUUUUUUGUGUUGUUACCUGUAAUGAUACUUUUAUCUGAUCCAUCAUGUGCUCACUAUUCACUGUAUUCAUCAGAAUUAAUUUCUCUGUUUCUCCAUUAUAAAAUAAAAAAAGAAAAUCCUAAA